AUGUCGACAAAUGACUCCAUUCCGGUUGAUAUCUCCUCUGAAGUUGAGGUUCCUGUUAGAAACACACUAAAUUUGCCAGCUUUCACGCCUUUAAUUAUCAAAAACGGACGUCUUAACCAGACUAUUUUAGAGACUGGUAAACGCUUCGGCUGCGCAUUUCGUUGGGGCCAAAGUGAUUGUGAAUUUGGAAUGAGAAGACUCGCUGGCUCAAAAGAAGAUGGUGAAAUCAGAGACUGGUUCGUGAAGGAAUGCAAGUCAUUAGGUUGUAGAAUAAAGAUAGACCAGAUUGGAAAUAUUUUUGCUAUCUUUCCAGGAAAGAAUGAAGGAAAGCCAACUGCGACUGGAUCCCAUCUCGAUACCCAACCCGAGGCAGGAAAAUAUGAUGGUAUUCUCGGUGUACUUGCAGGUCUUGAAGUUCUAAGAACCUUUAGAGAGAACAACUAUGUCCCAAACUUUGACGUUUGUGUCAUAUGCUGGUUCAAUGAAGAAGGUGCACGCUUUGCCCGUUAUUGCAUGGGCUCUAGUGUCUGGGCACAACAUCUUCCUUUAGAAGAUGCCUAUAAGAUGGAGUCUGUAACAGACGAAAAACCAGAAAGUGUUAUAGACUCUCUGAAAAACAUUGGGUACUUAGGUGAGACGACUGCUUCCUACACUGAAAACGAAAUUGAGGCACAUUUUGAGCUUCACAUAGAACAAGGCCCUGUAUUGGAAGAUGAACGAAAAAAGAUCGGAGUGGUGACUGGUGUUCAAGCUUGUUAUUGGGAAAAAAUAUCUGUAAAUGGUGUUGGCGCGCAUGCCGGUACGACGCCAUGGCGUUUGAGAAAGGAUGCAAUGCAAGCUGCAGCUGAGAUGAUUGUUGCUUGCAACAAAGUUGCCAAACAAUAUGGUGGUUUAUUUACGUGCGGAGUUAUUGAUGUAAAGCCUUACUCAGUUAAUAUUAUUCCAGGGCAGGCAUCAUUCAGCAUUGAUUUCAGGCAUACUUCAGAUGAUGUAUUGUUUACCAUGCUAAAGGUGGCAAAAUCAAAGUUCGAUGAAAUUGUUGCGGACAAUAGCGGGGGAUCUUUAAAGUGGGAUUCUGAAGUCCUUGCUUACACCCCGGUGGUUAACUUUGAUGGAAAGUGCAUAGAGUGCGUUUCCAGAUCUGCCUUCGCUCAAUUUAAAACUUCAGAGGUGAGACAAAUAUGGUCCGGUGCAGGUCAUGAUUCCUGCCAGGUCAACACUCGUGUGCCCACGUCAAUGAUUUUCAUUCCUUCAAAAGAUGGUCUUUCCCAUAACUACUAUGAAUAUUCUUCUCCAGAGGAAAUAGAGAACGGAUUCAAAGUACUUCUUCAAGCCAUAGUCAACUAUGAUAAUUAUAGAGCAUCAAAGAAAUGA